AUGACCAUUCUUCUCAACUUGGAUUUCAAAUCUCUCCGAAUGGCUCCUCCGCCAUGGCCCCCUGGCGACACGGCAAUUCAGCUCGACGACUCCGACCUUCCUCUAAUGGAGAAGUCCGAAGUUUCUGCGGAUAUGGACUACGCCAUUGUCAUCCCGAAGGCUCUUGAAACGUACGAGAUUACCAAAUUGAACAGCACAGUAGACAUGAAGCUCUACUCCGUUUCUCAUGAUCAAGAUCAGGCCGAAUACGUUACGGGACUCUACGUCGAAAAGUUGUGUAACCAUACUUGGGUGGCCAACAAUCUCGACGGUGCUAAUCGCCAAUACACUGGUCCGAACUUCCCUUCGAAUAAGGAGUACACCUUCCUGAUCGACUUUGGCGGACAAGUAUGCUCGUUCACGACCGCUCACCCCAGCACCUACGGUGGCGCCCUGACCAAGGGAUGGAUUGCGAGGACGACAGCUGAGUGCGUUCGGGAUUGGUUUAAGGAGAUGAAUCGGGAUAUCGCGGCCUCGAAGAACUCGAAGAAUGUUCCAACUGUCACCUACGGUCCUUUGCGCAAGGUUCGAAUCAUUGGCAUCUCGUAUAACCAUCCGGCUAGGGUCUUUGUUCCAAUUCUUGGUUUCACCCCUUAG